GCCGAAUCCUUGCGCGAAAGACUUUAGUUCCAUCGGUCGUGGUGGUGGAUUCACGUAUAUUAUUAAAGGUAAUGCUACCGGGAAUAAAUUUUUCGUCGAUGGUUGUACGUUUUUAGGAAACACUGCCGACUGGGGUGGUGGAUAUGCCAUGUAUUUCCAAGAUAACGCAAGUAACAAUUCCUUGUUUGUGAGAAACACACACUUUUUACAAAAUACGGCUCGGUACGGUGGUGGCGCUGUAAAGUGUGGGACCGUCAUAUUCGGAACUUUUCAAGAUUUAACAGACCGUGAAUCCAAUUAUUAUUUUCACGAAAACUGUACCUUUGAAAGAAAUAAAGCAACGGAGGGUUGGGGAGGAGCAUUUUCUGUCUUUGGUUCAACGGGUUAUCUCGAUACGCAAGGUUGGAAAGACAAAAAGACUCCAAUAUUUUCGAACUGCCGUUGGCGGGAAAAUUCUGCCACUGCCGGCGCUGCCAUUGGUGCGCUCACGAAGCAACCUGAACUUUGGAGAAAGUCAAUUGGAUUAGAGGGUAGGGGUUUCGGGUAUGCGCUCAAACUCAUUAAUAACACAUUUAUGAAUAACAAAAUAAUUCCUACGACUUGCAAUGUCACGGUUUUUGGUAUGGGAACAAUAUACUCUGUUUUUGUGCCUAUUAUCAUGAUGGGGAACGUAGCGUUCGAGGGAAAUGCAAACACGGCUUUGGUACUGGACUCGGCAUGUGUUGAAAUCGAUGGGGACGUGUUGUUUCACGAAAAUCAUGGACUCUAUGGUGGAGCAGCCGGUCUUUAUGGGGCAUCGGCGUUUGUAUUUAAACCUGGAGCAAGAUUAUUGUUCAAAGGCAAUUCUGCAUCGGCAAUCGCCGGAGCUAUUUACGUAAAGACAGCCGGUCCUGAUAUAGCUGCGUUCUAUCAAACCAUUUUCCAAAGGCAUCAUUGUUUCUUUAGAUACUCUGAUAUCUCAAUCGAGCCUAACGACUGGAAUGUGAGUGUAGUUUUUCAAGGAAACAGAGCGUCGAAUAAUAUUGGCAGAACAUUGUUCGCAAACACUCUACAAUUCUGUAGAUUCGGCCGUGCCGGGUUGAUAAAUGAUGCAAUCAAAAGUUGGAAGAGCUUUCAGUUCAAGACGCACGAUGGUCACCCAUCCAAUGAUGAUUUAGAGGUUGCUACAUCUCCAGUCCAGAUUUUAAUUCAUCCUCACGAAUGGAAUAGCAUAUCACCAAAUGAACAAUUUUCACCUUCGAUACAACUUUUGGACGAGAGAAAUCACAGCGUGUACGGAUUGAUAAAAGUGUCGAUCAAGGAAGUGGGGCAAGGAAGUGGCGAUGAAACGGUGAAGCUUGAAAAUGGAGUAUCCCCUUUUUUUUACGUUAAAAAUCGGAUAAAUUCCUUGUGGUUUAGUGGCAAACCUUCGAGCAAUUUCGAGGUAAACAUCAAUUCACUUUAUUCCCAGUCUAUAAAAAUGAAAGUUAGCAAUCUUACUAUGAAGAAGUGUCCAUCUGGUUUUAUUAACAGAAAUAAUACGUGUCUAUGUUCGACAGUCCAGGAUAGAAUUAUUGGUAUUUCACGUUGUGGACAGAAUGGAAGGAGCUUGUACCUUCGAAAAGGAUAUUGGGGAGGUCCUACUCAUGGUGGUGUUAUUGGCGUUGAAAAAUGUUCGUUUUCUGUCAUUCAAUGUCCAUACGGCUACUGUGAAUGUGUUUCCAGCAGAGAGAAGGCUGGUUUGACUAAUCAGUGCGAAUGCUACUUUGACGCCCAUGUAAAUCAAUGUGUAGAAGGCCGUGAAGGAAUUCUUUGCGGACAGUGCAAGAAGGGCUUGAGUGCUGUAAUCGGAAGUUACAAAUGUGUUAAGUGCAAAAAGAAAGAUACGUUCAUGUUGAUUCCAUUUUUCGGUAUUUUAACAUUCCUAGUAAUUCUUGUGCUGUGUUGUAAACUUGACUUCUUUUCUGGUUAUCUUAACUGUUGGCUGUACACGUACCAAAUAAUAUUCCUUCUUUUACCUGAUGAAUUUCUUCUUGCGGACCCUUUCAUGAAUUUUGUUAUAAAACUUGCAAACAUAAAAUUUGUCUUUGGUCACUGGUGUCUUUGGGAUGGAAUGAAUGAUCUUCAGAAAACUUCAUUCGGCUACGUGGCUCCAGCUUACCAAAUUCUUAUUCUCUACAUUUUCGCAAAACUCUCUUCAAAGUUUUCAUUUUUCCAGGGUAAUUAUUUCCGGCCAUUUUGCACGAUACUUGUGUUAUCUUAUUCCGGCAUCAUUGGCGUCACAUUCAAACAGCUUCGACCUGUUCAUAUCUGCUCGGAAUGGCGCGUAUAUAUGUCGGCUGGAGUGAAAUUUUUCACAGGCGAACAUAUCAUCCAUGCUUCUAUAGCAAUAGCUGUGUUUUUAUUUGUCAUUCUACCUUUUCCGAUCAUGUUAGCUUAUAGUUCAUUUUUUACCAACCAUUCUCGUCGGUUCUCCCAGAUAAGCAUUCCUUUGUUGGACGUUUUGAAGUCUUGUUAUCACAAUAAGCGUUCUUGGUUCGCGGCUUAUUACAUAGUAUGUCGUGUAAUUGCAGUUUCACUCCAUACUUUUAUCUCUGAGAUAAAUGCUCGUCAUAAAAUCCUUCAAGUGUUUUGUGUGAUAGUAUUGCUACUCUUCCUGUAUCUGAAGCCGUACAAAAGCGAAACCCUGACAAAAAUCGACACAUUUUUUUUGACAUUCCUGGUGUUGGUCAGCCUUCUGGCUGAAGUCGUGAUAACAUGUUCGUUUUUCGCAUCACUUUUCUUUGACAUCUGCUAUUAUUGCGUUCACGUCUUGUUGUAUGUUCCAUUGCUUUACUCGCUAAUCCUAUUGUGUUAUCACAUACGACGUUUGGUAAAGCAACGCAAGCAAGAAGGAAGGAAUACCGCAGUGAACUAUCAAAACGCCAGUCAAAGCUCUGAAAAUGAAAGUACACGAUAUGAACCUCUCUGAUUGAGAUUAUGUAUUAACAAGUGUGGCGCUGUAAAAUAUAGCCUUUCUCGCUGUAACGAAUAUGCCGACAAUUUUGCUUGGAUUUUUUUUCAAAAUACUGAGCGUAAAGCUCGUUUCAGACGUCGAACGCCUCAUGCAUAUGCGGCUGAAUCGAACGCAAAUAGAUUUUCGCUCAUAUACAUUAACAUUAAGAUCGGCACAGGAAAAAUUUGACGUCUGAACAGACCUCGUAAUGGCCUCGUAAUUUGAGCAAACCUCGUAAUUUAAUUUUAUGCUUAAUUUUUUCC